GAAGCUUCAUCUGUGUAUUAAAUACUGCUCUUGGAAUAAGAUGAUUUCUUAUUGUCCUAUAUGCGGCAAACCUGUUUAUUUUGCUGAAAGAAAACGUUCUUUAGGAAAAGAUUACCAUCCGCUGUGCCUUAAAUGCUAUCAGUGUAAAAGACAACUUACUGCGGGGCAGCAUGCCGAGUAUGAUGACAAACCAUAUUGCAACAACUGCUAUCUUUUGCAUUUCGGACCAAGAGCAUCUCGUGGUCCAGCAUCUCGAAAUUCCUAUGGCAGAGGAGCAUCUUCAUCCUCCUCCUCGAUGACUAAAGAAAGCAAGAGCUAAUAAUGAAGAACUGUGCUAUUAAUCCUUAACAUGUUUUCUCUUU